UAGCUCAGGAAGUUAAGCAAUCGAAAUAUUCUUUCUGUAAAUAAUAAUAUCUCUGAAUUUUCUUUAUUUCAAGCAUGAGUUUUGUACUGCGCUUGAAGUGCCGCGAACUACUGGCAGACGCCUUGAGGAUUGGCCAGUUGACCGAGGGAUGCGGCGAUCCCGAUGACAUGGCCGCCCGGCUGGAGGAGGUUAUCUACGAGGAGCUGAGGUGCUCGAAUGUCAAGUACAAGAAUCGCAUCCGUUUGCUGCUAUCCAAUCUGCGCGAUUCGAAGAAUCCGGGACUGCGCAACAAGUUCCUGCGUGGAGUGGUGACCCCGAGUGAGCUGGCCACGAUGUUUCCCGAGGAGAUGGAGAACGAUGACCUGGAGCAGAUUCCCCAGAAGAUCACCAAGAAGGCGAUUAACCAGGCCCAGAUGCCCAAGGUCCAGGGCACCAAGAAGGACCAGUUCAAGUGCGAUAGUGCAUCCAGCUGCAAAACCAAGAUGAAGACGAGCCGAUGGUCACCUUGGUAAUGUGCAAUCAGUGCGGCAACCGAUGGGAGGUUUAAGGAACAGGGAUCCACUCCCAAAGAAACGGGGGAACUCCU